UAUUUCUGUUAAUCUGGAAACGCUGUAAAAAGUCUGUUUACAAGUUUACGUUCGUCUGAACUAACAUAUGAAUUUUUCUCGGCCUUUUUGCAAUAUUCUCUAUUUCUAGUCAUGAGCAAAGAUGAAACAAAUCAGGAUCAGAUGAUCUACAGUGACAAAGCCAGUUCAGCACAAAAGGAAAAAGAUGAAAAAGCUUUCAAAUUUAAAGCCGCGGCUUUCCUUGCCGGCGUGACUGGUGUCUCGAUCCUUUUUGGAUUUGGCACUACUCUCGCCGCGGCCAAGAAGAAGGAUCCCCAUUUUUUCGAUCAAGGCCUGACUGGACGCAUCGAAAAACCAACGACGGAGCCAAUUUCCAGUGAAACGGCCACGGCAGUGAGAAGACGUGUCCCAGUAUCGAUUUCUUCUGUGGAGCCGGGUGCAUCUUUAGCUAUUCGAGCUCUUGGCUGGGGCACUCUUUAUGCAGUGACCGGAUGUUCUGUACUAUUCUACGGCAUCUGGAAACUUAUGGCUGUUAAUGAUUUGAAAGAGUUUCGACUGAAAGUUGGUACUUGGCUUCCGGCUGUCCCACGGAACAAUCCUCCUCAGGGUCGUACGGAAUUCUCUGGUCUCAACGAUUUAUUGCAGUACAUUAUCGAUGUUGACAAGGAGAAGAAAGAGGCGUCCAACAGAAAUGAUACCAAAUCUUUGUACAAGUAUAUGGGCAUUUCGGAAAGGUGCGAUGAGGAUGUACAAAAACAUUGCGGUCCAAAGACCAGGGUACCGUGAAACGAAGAACAAAGCAGAAAGAGAAGGGAUUAUCGGUCCUGAAGAGGCAUCUGAAGUAGAAGAAAAUUAAGCCCAAAGAUGAGUACAUUCAGUGGGAUGGAAGAUCUCAGCGCAGACUGCCUCUGAACCGCCGCUGGUCGAUCACCUGAGGACACACCAAACAAAACAAACGAAGCCAAGGAUUAGAUUCUCCAGCCGUUUCUAAAUUAUAUCGGUACAAUAUCAUCAAGACAUUUCGGCGUUCUAUCCGUGUUGGUCGAUGGUAACCGUAAUUCUAAUGGAAUUGAAACAGGGAAAAAAUGAGCGGCAGCCGACUGAAUAAUUCAAGAUGAUUUCGAUUAGAUGCAGGUGAAUUUUCAACUUUUAUUGCGCUGCUGACUGAAAGCGUUUCCCUUUUCUUGUGUGACGCCGACCGACAGCGUCAAGUAUACAGUAGCAGCCUUGAUUUUGCACGAAGAAGUCCUGAAGAGAACCAACUUUUCCCAUCUCGUCACUUUGACUUAACGUGGAAGUAUCCCGCCACCACAUUGACGUUCACCUUGGCCCUCGAGAAAUGGCGAUGAAAGUGAGAAUGAUUAGAAAAUGACAUGAUACGCCCUAAUGCAGGUUUCCUAUAUGGCGAUUAUGGUUUCAUCUGAUGAAAGGUAUCCACCGAAAAUGACAUAAGAUGCUUACAGAAAUACCCAAGGUCUUUGCAGAGUGAAGUAGAAAAUCGGGUCGUGUUGAGCGCAAGAUUGUCGGGCGUCUAUUUUCGUGACAUCUUUUUUUCUUCUUCUAGGGGAUGCCAUAACCACUGGCAUUGGGAGCUUCGUAUACGAUGGGCAGUUACGAGUAUUAAUACGCAAGUACGGCAUUCAAUCGAUCCAACACGGACUGGACGCCAGUCGUGGACAUUGCCGAGUUGAAGGUUCAAUGUCUCGUCUGGGGGACGUUCCGUCGACGCCAACGACAUGGAAAAAACUCGAAAAACUUUUUCAUAAACUGCAACCCAAUUUCAUCGACCAUCAAAGCUGAAGAAAGGCUGAAAUAGCGAUGAAAGGGGGGCAGUUUGGGAAUUGACAUCAACACGCCAGAUAUUCGACUGGAGAAAUGCCAAACUUGCGGCACGCAAAAAAGCAAUUG